AUGAAGGGUGGCAACAAUGCAAAGAUGACUUACUCGGCGGAAUCGGGCGGAAUUGGGCGGAACUCGGCGCUCGACGGCUUGGCGGGUUCUCCACUCCGCGGCUCGACUGCGGCCAAAGGCACCUUCACACGCACACGCAGACGCACACGCACACGCGCACGCGCACACACAUACACACGUGAAUGGUGCGUUUGUGUGAUGGCGUGUUGGGAAGGUGGUGGGCGCGACUGUCUUUUGGGGUGCCUGUCGAGAGGAGGAGGGGGGAGAGGCUCGGAUCGGGCCCGAGACGGCGAGUGGGUGGGCGGGGGUGCCGAAGGAGAGCCUCUUCAUUCGGAGGCCCUCGACAACUGGUUCGCCUCUGCCGCGUCUGCCGCCUCAAGCGACUACUCGACACGACUUGUGCCUCGUCAGACCGCCUCUUCGUCCACUCCGGCCGGCACAGACGCGACUGCACCUUCGACCGACGGCGUGUUGGCUCCCUUCUCGCCCGCCCCGUCGUCAGACGACAACGACAGCACAACACCCCCGGUUGGCGUCGACACCCGCGUCCUGUUGCGUCGCCACGUGCUGUCCUCGAGCCUUGACGGCCGGGACGACAGCGCGCCUCGCCGCGUCGACAGCCGCGCGGCCUGUCCGCGGGCUGCCAGGCGGGCCCGGCUGAGUGGCGCCGUUGCGCUGUCGCGGUGUCGGCCUGUCGUUCGAAGCGGGCCAGUCCCGUUUCACCGGCCCGCCCGACUGGUUGGGCUGUCCGGCGGCCUGCCGCUGGCGAGGCCUCGAGCCGCCUGCCGAUUGGUGGAGGCUGGAAAAGCGCGACAAAGCCUGCUGGACGGCCUGCAAUUGGAUUGGUCGACUUCGAGUGCGUCGUCGCCUCUCAGCCAAUCAGAGUUGAGCCUGCCCUCUUUAACCCGUUCACCGCCCGGCCUGCACAUACACCCUCGCGACAAGUACACUUGGAGAGCCUCCGCCUCUUAUCGAUUGCUCUACAAGUGCCCGCCCCCCAGUCUAUCAAGCCAAUGGGCUCUCUCGGAAUCCUCUUCAAGCCAACGGGCCGCUUGA